AUGGAAGUUCUGAAUGAGCUUGAUUUGAGAGUUGAUGGCAGGUUGCCGUCCGAGAUUAGAUUCGUGGACAUAUGUUACAUGAGCGGGCCAUCAAUAGUUUACACACAAGGAUUGACGAAAAUAAGAGUAUCUGUUGCUGGACCAAAACCAAAAAACACAAAGCUUAGUUUCAACAUGGCCUUAUCCAUCAACAAGUCGGCUCGUAUCGAAGUCAACGAAUGGAACAGACUUGCAGAGGAUUUAAAACACAAGAUUUAUGAUCUCUUCAGAAAUAUUCUGAUUCCGAGGCCAACCUCGUCGGUUGAUAUCGAUAUUCUUGUCUUGGAGGACAACGGUAGUUUAUUCUCUGCUAUAGUUAAUUCGGUGAGCAUUUGCUGCGCAUAUGUGGGCAUACAAAUGUUGGAUUUGGUUUUGAGCUGUUCUGUUGGCAUUUACACGGAGGUUAAUCUUUUUGAUUUGUGUGCAGCCGAAGAGGAUUGUAAGCUGCCGAAUUUUGUGAUCUGUUACGGUAUAAAUAGAAAAACACUUUUUGGUACGUCCUUGGUGGGAGGUAUUAAUGUGAGUAGGAUACCUAAUCUAUUGAACAGUGCUAUCAACUGUUUAGAACUGGUGAAGGACAGAAUUGUUCCCUCUUUGAAAAAUCUAAAAUGAUUGCUCAGUGGUUGAUUUAUUGAUAUUUAUGAUAAAAUAUGUUCAUUAAUACUCAAAUGAUAUGUUUCAUCGCGUGUUGGUCGGUCC